CCCAACCAGCAACCAGAGCUGUAUGCAUUAUAUGAACAGAAAGCAACCGACCGGGAUCAUUCAAUACAACGGUAUGAACACGAUACCAAGGCAAACCCAUGGAAAUACCCCUUAUAUCAAAGAUAAAUGGACACUACGUAACUUUAUUGCAUUGGAAAAGACUAUAAUAUGACUAUCCUAUGGACCACUCUUGUUCAGUCGAUUAUUUCCGAACAAGGGUGUUCUAUUCUGUUGGUAAUAAUGGAACAAUUCUGUUCGUAGGAACAAAGAGAAGCAGAUUUAUUCUAUACUCGAUAAGUACCAAUACGCAAUGGGGGAGUUGAUCCCAUUUUCUAUGAGCGAAUGAGUCCAUACUUAUUUAUCAUUAGAAAGACCUAUUCGUAAUAAUUUGAGUUUAUUCAUUCUGUCUUUCUUUAUGAAUUUUGAGAAUCUAUGGAUAAAAUAAAUACGAUAAAAACCAAUAUGAAUAUUAUAAAGACAAUAAAAAAAAAAAUUGUUACGUUUCCACCUCAAAGUGAAAUAUAGUAUUUAGUUCUUUCUUUCAUUUAAUGCCUAUUGGUGUUCCAAAAGUUCCUUUCCGAAGUCCUGGAGAGGAAGAUGCAUCUUGGGUUGACGUAUACAACCGACUUUAUCGAGAAAGAUUACUUUUUUUAGGCCAAGGGAUUAAUAGCGAGAUUUCGAAUCAACUUAUUGGUCUUAUGGUAUAUCUCAGUAUCGAGGAUGAGACCAAAGAACUGUAUUUGUUUAUAAACUCUCCUGGGGGCUGGGUAAUACCUGGGAUCGCUAUUUAUGAUACUAUGCAAUUUGUGCGACCAGAUGUCCAUACAGUAUGCAUGGGAUUAGCCGCUUCAAUGGGAUCUUUUAUCCUGGUCGGAGGAGAAAUUACCAAACGUCUAGCAUUCCCUCACGCUUGGAUCAGGGUAAUGAUGCAUCAACCUGCUAGUGGUUAUUAUGAGGCGCAAACAGGCGAAUUUGUCCUGGAAGCGGAAGAACUGCUGAAACUGCGUGAAACCCUCACAAGGGUUUAUGUACAAAGAACGGGCAAACCCUUAUGGGUUGUAUCCGAAGAUAUGGAAAGAGAUGUUUUUAUGUCAGCAACAGAAGCCCAAGCUUAUGGAAUUGUUGAUCUUGUAGCGGUUGAAUGAAAAUAACAUGGAUUUCGCGCAAAUCUGUGAUUUGAGAUUUUAUCUUCGAAUUGAAUAUUCUAUUAAAUAGAAGUAAUUCAUCAUCAUUCGGUUAGGAUCAAUCUAAACCAAUCCAUCAUAUUAUGUAUACGAUUCAACAUGCCAACUAUUAAACAACUUAUUAGAAAUACAAGACAGCCAAUCAGAAAUGUCACGAAAUCCCCCGCUCUUCGGGGGUGCCCUCAGCGUCGA